UCUGGGCGAUUUUUAUGAACUUUUUAAUAUCUGUAGAAUCCUUUGCUUGCCAACCAUUAACAUUAACAAAGUGAAGAGCUGAAAAGUAACCACAGAUCAGAGAGUAACCUUUGUCAUCUGUGAAAGUAACCUAGUUUAAAUUGGAGGUUAUGGAUACUUUUUGUUUUAAUUUUCCAGAUUUCAAAGUUUUCCCAAAUUAUUCCAGCCACCGCUGAUACAUUAACGAAAGAAAAAAUUACUACUUGGAUCCGAAACCAGACCGGCCAACUCACGCACUUUCACUUCACACACGCAACUUCAAACGCACAUUACAAGCCAUUUGGAAAAACAAAAAAAGGUUCCAUAAAAUAUAAAAUCCAGAUUGAAGGCUAAGGACAUGGCUGGUGACCAAAAAAAAAAGAGCCCCAUAGUGGGACAAAGGUCCCAUGAUAUUUGCCCAAAUUACCGUACAUGUACGGUAAUUACCGUACGAAUGGCCACCCUGUCCGAAACUGACUGACAAAUGAUUCUAACCUCACAUGCCAGAUCAAAAAUAUUUUGGUUAUCGUGAUUUGGAAAUACAUAGUUAAUUGAAUUGUGCCGUUCCAAUGUCUACCGCAAAGCCCAUCUAUCUGGACGUGGAUGCCAGCAUUGUCGAAAACAACUUACGUUUGACGAAUGAAUCUGAAUAUGAGUUCAGCAAAAUCUUUGAAGCUCGGAGCCGCGAACCACCCUGCAAGACAGUUAAACCUCGACCUGGAAUCUGUGUUAAAAGCAAAGAGGUGGGAACUGAUGUUAAAGUGUUUGUUAACAUUUGUACCACUGAUGCAAUUCCGCCGCCCAAAAACAUCUCAGAGUCGGAACUGCAAGAAUAUAUCGAUUCCGACGACAGCAGUGAAUUCAGGGUGCCUAUGAGUAUUGGAGAAGUCCGAACUGAGCAAGAUAAAAAGGGAACCGAUGUAAAGGUGGUGGACAUCGCGAUCAAUCCAGGCUUUUUCACCAAAUUGCAAUCUCAAAAGUUGUUCAACGAGUUCUUCAUGACCGUUGUGUUUCAAGGAGUUUUGAGCAGCAAAUACGGAUUGCAGUGUGUCGACAACAAAAUAGUCCUCAACAACCGAAAAGCUUUCGGCACAUUGCAAGUGCACCGGAUCCAACAGAGAGAAAUCGAUGAAAAAAUGGGAAUAGAAAAACCUCUACUGCCUGAAGUGAUCGGUGAAAACGGACCGAAAAAGGUGGCGAUUGAGACUAUUUCCUCCGACGAUAUAUCCACUAAGCAGCCAGAGCAUCGGCUCUAUAAAAAAAAAGUCAGCCCAAACUGUUUGAUUGGAGAGUUCAAGUUGCCCGAAGUUAUUGCCGUCAAGGAUAUACAUUUGGAUGUAGGAGAGGACCGCAUUGUUUUGGAGUGCAGCGAAAGAGGUUACUUUUUGGAUGUAUUUGUUCCGUUUUGCAUUCGAGUUGAAAAAUGUACUUCAUCAUUCGACAAGGCUCUGAAAAUCCUUACUGUAGUGAUGCCAUUAAUUGGAGGCUGAUUUUAGAAAAAAAACAUCAAUAUAAACGCGGUUUAAUAAUAGAUUACGUGCUGGUAAACAACUGUGUGUACGCAUUUUGUUUAAAUGUGAGAUGCAAAUAAAUUGUUUUGAGUUGA